AUGACAACCGGAUCUAUGAAUAAAAAGGGGCCGAAUCCGGCGGGCCGCGUUGCCCAUCAUCAGGGCAGUAAAGAAUUAAGGGACUUGACAGACGACCGCUACGGCCCACUGCGACGGCCGAAGACGAUCACCUUUUACAAAAAUGGAGACCGCAACUUUCAGGGCAAGACCAUCCAGAUAACGCCCCAUCGCUACCUCAACUUCGAGGAAUUGAUGACCGAUCUGUCGAAGAAGCUCAACCUGCCGUACGGCGUCAGAAAAAUCUACUCCUUGGAUGGAAAACUCGUGGAAGACAUCGAAAAGCUGCAAAAUGACCAAGCGUAUGUCUGUGCGGGUUUCGAGAAGUGGAAAAAGGUUGAAUACGAAAAACUCGAGCAACGCAGCCGGAACAGAAUGCACAAGACCAACCACUCACUGCCCAGCCACUCGAACACUUCCGGCGGCGUCUCUCCCUACCGCAACUCGAAUCCAGCAAUGGUGUUCAACGCUCGCCACGGGCAUCCAGACUUUUCCCAGUUCAACAAGAAUCGCAGCCUGCUUUUUAUCCUCGCAAAUACGACACCGCCCGUCAUGAAAAACAUGAUCGUUUCCAAACAGCAUGUCACGCAACUUGGACCGUUUAUUCAAGAAAUUUCCAAUCAUUUAGGAAGACCCAAGUGGAAAAACGAUCGAAUAAGCCGCAUCUUCACGAUAAGAGGAGAGCAAGUAAAAGACGUCGAUACUUUUUUCUCUGAACAAGAUGUUUUCAUCGCCGUCGGACAUGGAGAAAUCCUUAGAUCUGCUGAAAAACACAGAAUUAUGGAAUCUCUGUAUCCGGACUCAAAGUACCGCCGCCGAGUGAUAAAAGAAUACGAAGACGCGCGCGCCUCGCCGCCCAAGAAAACGGCGAAAAAACUUCCGGGGUUAUCGGAUCAGCGAAAGCGCCAGGCCGGUGUCAAAGCGAGCAAAUCCGACAGCGCUGUGAAGGUGAAAGUCUCCCCGUAUUCUUCAACCCAUCACCUCGACGAUUAUUCUUCAAGUUCGGAAAAGUUGACGAGCUACGGGCGUCCUUCGAAGCGCCAAGAACCACAACCGGGAAAGACCUAUCCGACCUUUACGAAGCCGACGCGCAAUGGAAGGACUUUGACGAUGAUGGAGCAGGAAGAAAAGUACCUAAAGGAAGAACUCAGGGAAAAAGAAGCUCUUAUCCAAAGUCAAGAGAAGAAGCAGGAGGAGCUUCUGGCCCGUCUUCGUGAACAAGAAGAAAUCAGCAGGAAAAUGAAGGCGGACAUGAAAUCGCAGCGGGAGCAAGCCCGAGCUUCGCGGCACCAACAACAGCGAGUUGCUGAGGAACAACGAAUGCGCGAAAUUCAGCUGGAAUAUGAGCGGAAGGAGCGCGAAAUGCAAGAGAAAAUGGAUAGAUUCAAGCGCGAGUUCGAGGAGUCCCAGUUGAAGAUCAGACAGAAACAGGAGCUUUCUAUUCAGUCUGAACGUGAACGGCUGGAGAAAGAGAAGCGGAAGAUCGAACAGGAAAGAGCAGAAAUCAUUGAAAUGGAGCUGGAACAAAGGCGAAAGGAAAUCGAACAGAAACUCAAUCAAGAGUGGGCAAAGAUUGAGGCCGAGAAACAAUCUUUGGAAGAGCAAAAACGCCAGCUAAAUGACACAACUACCGCACCGUCUACUUCCAGAAACUCAAUUCAGUCGAAUCCUCAUCCAGCGCCCACUCCUACGAGUAAAAAGGGAAAAUCUCGAAAUGCCGUAGCUGUAUUUUCCGAUUCUGAGUCAGAAGACGAGGGACUCAACGAAGUCGUCGGUCCGGGAAAACGAGAAGACGAUGUCGAUCAGUGGAGAAAGCGGCUGCGAGCGGAGCCAAAGCCCAGAACGAUUCGUCAAAAAUCGGAUAUUGAGACCAGAUACGAAAUCAUGAAAAAAAUCGGAGACGGAAACUUUGCGAUCGUCCACAAGUGCAGAAUGGCCAACACGAGCUCCGAAUUCGCCAUGAAGAUCAUCGAUAAAGGCAUCAUGAAGGGAAAGGAAGACAUGAUUGAAAACGAAAUCGCGAUCAUGCGUCUCUGUCGCCAUCCGAACAUCAUCCGGCUUGUGGAGGAAUUCGAAACUGUGGAGAAUAUUUACCUUGUCCUCGAGCUGGUCCGCGGUGGCGAUCUCUUCGAUGCAAUCACCGAAAGUGUCAGAUACGACGAGAGCGUCGCCAGCAGCUUGAUUCAAGACCUAGCCUCCCCAAUCGCGUAUCUGCAUGCUCGUAACAUCGUUCACCGAGACGUGAAGCCCGAAAAUUGCCUUCUCGAGCGGCACCCCAACGGCAAGCUUCAGAUCAAACUGGCGGAUUUCGGCCUCGCCAUGGAAGUGACCAAGCCGAUCUUUCAAGUGUGCGGCACGCCGACCUACGUUGCCCCCGAAAUUCUCGUCGAAGGCGGCGGCAACGGAUAUGGACUCGAGGUUGACAAUUGGGCAGUGGGCGUUAUCGCUUACAUUCUACUGUGUGGCUUCCCUCCUUUCCGAUCGCCGAACCGCGAUCAGAACCAACUUUUCGACAUCAUCGUCCGCGGCGAGUACGAAUUCAUCUCUCCUUAUUGGGACGACAUUUCUCAGGGAGCAAUGGAUCUUAUCAGACAGCUUCUAGUGAUCAACCCAAAGAAGCGAUUAACCGCAGACGGCGUCUUGAACCACGCUUGGAUUCGCUCUGGUGGCCAGUUCAAGGGCCCCAAUCUGCAGCGUCAAAUAACGAUGGAACUGGCGCGCGCGAAUCUUCUCUCGCAGCAGAACAAAUCCCGCCAGAAUGUCUAA